UUUAGCUGUUUCUUUUUGUUUCGAGCAACUGAGGAAGAGUUGUUAAAAUGCCUGAACCAGCCAAGUCCGCUCCCGCGCCCAAGAAGGGCUCCAAGAAGGCUGUCACCAAGACACAGAAGAAGGGCGACAAGAAGCGCAAGAAGAGCCGCAAGGAGAGCUACUCCAUCUACGUGUACAAGGUGCUGAAGCAGGUGCACCCCGACACGGGCAUCUCGUCCAAGGCCAUGGGCAUCAUGAACUCGUUCGUCAACGACAUCUUCGAGCGCAUCGCCGGCGAGGCCUCGCGCCUGGCGCACUACAACAAGCGCUCCACCAUCACGUCGCGGGAGAUCCAGACGGCCGUGCGGCUGCUGCUGCCCGGCGAGCUGGCCAAGCACGCCGUGUCCGAGGGCACCAAGGCUGUCACCAAGUACACCAGCUCCAAGUAGAGCGUCCCGGAUCGUCAGUUUUAACCCAAAGGCUCUUUUAAGAGCCACCCACAUUCUCCUUGAAAGAGCUUUAACACGGUAGUGUAUUAAUUAAUUUUUUAGGUACGCAAUUGUACUUGUAAAAUAGUGUUUGAAGUAAAUCUGUUACGUUAUUUACAAUUUCUCAAUUACUGUUUGUAGCUAAAAUCCUUCAUGAACGUUAUGUAACUUCAGGGAAAUAAGUGUUAACUCUUGCUUUAUACGAGUUAACGUUAAAAUAACAAAUGUGAGCAGUAUUGUUAAGCUUUGUCCAACAGAGACAUGAAGCGUGACACUUUAUACAAGUUCUAGUAUCAAUAAAUUACCAUAGCUUCUAACAAGUACCUUAAGCCCAAAAACAUGAGGAUGAGGGGAAAACAAAUAAAAAACUUGUUCGCCUUUUA